AUGUUUAUAACGAUAAUUCAUCCGGAUUUGGGUAUCGGAGGAGCGGAAAGAUUGGUUGUGGAUGCAGCGAUUGCAAUGAAGCAAAAUGGUCAUCGAGUACAAUUUGUGACAAAUCAUUUCAAUCCGAAGCAUUCAUUUCUGGAAACCAAAGAAUUUGGUAUCAAAGUUGUUGAUGUAUUUCCACGAUCAAUUUUUGGAUUUGGACAUGCUUUAUGUGCUUAUAUUAGGAUGUGUAUUGCCGCUCUAUAUAUUUGCAUAUUUUUAAAAAGAACAGAACUUGUCUUUUCUGAUUCUAUCUCUUCAUGUUUGUUGAUUUUUCGGAUAUUUCGAUUACUUGGUUUAUUCAAUGCACCGGUUAUUUUCUAUUGUCAUUUUCCCGAUCAACUAUUAACAACGAGGGAAAGUAUGAUGAAGAAAUUCUACCGUGUUUUUGUUGAUUGGUUUGAAACGUGGACAACAGCAAUGGCAGAUUUAAUUUGUGUGAAUAGUGAAUUCACAAGAAAAACUGUGAGUGAAACAUUUCCAUGCAUUCAUGCUCAAAGUAUUCGUGUCCUUUAUCCGACACUGAAUACCAAAUUUUUUGAUAGCGAUGAAAUAACUGAAUUAAAUGAAAUUCCAAAUAAAGCACGGCAUAUUUUCGUAUCAAUCAAUCGGUAUGAAAGGAAAAAGAAUAUUGGCCUUGCAUUGGAAGCCUUUAGUUUACUUCGAGAAAAAAUUCCAGAAGAUGAUUAUCAAGAUUGUUUUCUUGUAAUUGCUGGUGGUUAUGAUACUAUGAAUGAUGAAAACAUUGCACAUUUUGUUGAAUUGCAAAAAAAUGCAAUUGCAUUAGGCUUAUCCAAAGAGCAGUAUAUAUUUCUAAAAUCACCAACUGACAUGGAGAAACUGGAGUUAUUGAGGCGUGCAACAGCAGUACUAUAUACACCAACCAAUGAACAUUUUGGUAUUGUACCAGUGGAAGCAAUGUAUAUGAAAUGUUGUGUAAUUGCAUCAAAUAGUGGUGGACCAUGUGAAACUAUUAUUAAUGAUGAAACAGGAUUUUUGGUAAUGGAAAAUGCAAAUUCAUUUGCAGAAAAGAUGGCAAUUCUUAUCAAAGAUGAACAUAAAGCAAUAGCUAUGGGUAAUGCUGGUCGUAAAAGAGUUGAGAGUGUUUUUGCGAUGGAUAAUUUUGUUGUACAAUUAGAAAGUUUGAUACGUGAAGUUGUAUCUGAUGUUUAUAAAUAG